AUGCCGAUCGGAGAUCUCCUCGCCCAGAUCAGUGGCGAUAAGUCCACUUCGACUCCGAAGCAGUCCCCUACCCUCAAGCGCAAAGCAGACGACGCUCUGAGGGACCCGGCAGCCAAGACUCCACGAACAGCUUCUGCUGCAAAUGUGUCCGCCAGGUCAAACCUGGACGCCAAGUCCGCUGCACGACCCGACAACCGAUCAACGCCCGUGACCUCCACAUCCUCUUCAGGCACGAAAUCCGCACCCGGCUCUCGACCCCUCCACAGCAAGACUCCGAACGAUUCGGUUAAACGAACAGUGCCGACACCGUCUAAAACAGGUGUGGUUUCGCGAUCGGUUUCGGCGCCAGCCAAGCCUAUCACGAAACCUGCCACAGGAGAUGCCACCAACAAGGCGCCACCAAAGAAGGGUUCCUUCGCCGAGAUCAUGGCGAGAGCCCAGAUGGCACAAGCGUCAAUGGCCAACGUCGGCAAGAUCCAGCACAAGCCCAUCGAGAGGGGCCCCACGAAACGGGAGCGACAAGAGAUGAAGGCAGAACAGGCGAGGACGGCACGGAAAGGAGGAGCGGUAGCACCGAGAUCACCUGCCAACAAAACCGGCUACGCUGGAUCGGCCCGGCCGAAGCCAAACGGAUCCUCAGCUCUCACGCGGGAUCGCAACGGCAACGGCGUGGUGGACCCCCGUGGUUCGACAAACGGCAAGACGGGCAAGGCGAAAGGCGCUCCUGUCGAGGAGAAGAAGCCGAAAAAGGCUGCCGUCGCAACGACGGGCUACACCGGCACCGCCCGCGGCGCCCGCCCGAGCCCCGCGCAGAAAUCCUCAGCGGCCGACGUCAGGGACGACGACCGCCGCCCCCGCGAGCGUCCUCGCGUCCCCUUCGGUGCCCCGCGCCGCUCCCGCCACGACGACGAGUACGACGAAGAGCUCGACGACUUCAUCGAGUACGACGACGACGAGGAGGAAGAGCCCGGCUACGGCUACGGCGGCGGCGGCGGCGGCAGGGGCAGGGGCGGCCCGCGCUACGAUUACGCCUCGGAGGAGGACGAGUCGGACAUGGAGGCCGGCAUCUCGGACAUUGACGAGGAGGAGGCCCGCUCGCGCGUCCUGGCCCAGCGCGAGGACCAGCGCGAGAUGGCCCUCGAGGCCAAGCUGAAGCGCGAGAAGGAGGAGCGCAAGAGGCGCUUCUACGACAGUGCGAAGGAUAAGCGGGAUAGACGAUGA